AAGGAGCUCGGCCAGCCAUUGCCUUCACAGCGUACACUUCAACGUCACAUCGAGCACUGCAAGUUUCGUCCAGGGCUGCUGGUGGACAUUAUGGACUCUCUCGCUGUUAAGGUCAACUGCAUGACAGAGUACGAGCGCCAUGCGUGCCUCAUGAUGGAUGAGAUGCAGAUCACCCCAGGCCUCAUAUAUGAUCGUUCGGCUGACGCAGUACUGGGCAGACCUACGAUACCCUUGGCAGAUGGCAGCCUCCCUGCAGACACCUUGGCUACCCAUGGCCUCGUAUUUAUGCUGGGUGGUGUUACUACCAGGUGGAAGCAGGUCAUUGGGUACCAUUUGACUGGAAAUUGUUUUCAUGCACUCACUGUCAAGCAAGAACUCUUGAAAAUGAUAAGAGCAUGUGAAGACAUUGGCCUUAAAAUAGAUGCUGUUGUUUCAGAUAUGGGUGGUGGCAAUCAGGCUCUAUGGAGGUUAUUUCUUGUCAAUGUCAGCAAGCACAGUCGGCCAAAUUACAGUGCUACACACCCCUGCGAUACGAAUCGGAAGCUAUGGUUUAUAGCAAAUGCCCCUCACCUGUUGAAAAAUCUGCGCAAUCACCUCACCAGGGGCCAAACUUUGUAUCUUCCUGAUGACAUUGUUGUAAAAGCUGGUCUCUCCACAAAUGCGGCUCUCAUUGAACCAAUAAAAAAACUCAUUUAAAUUGACAGUAAAGGAGACUUCAAAUUGGCUCUGCACCUAAGACAAACUUGUGUUGACCCUGGUCAUUACGAAAAAAUGAAGGUGGGCCCUGCUUACAGUCUUUUCAAUGUGGAUACUGGGGCUGCACUGCGCAUCCUUGUUGAGAAGGGCUUGCUAGAGAAGUCCGCGCUGGCCACUGCUUGGUUUAUUGAAACUGUGGCCAAGUGGUUCUGCAUCAUGACAUCACGAACAACCAAACUUGCCUUGAGUAAAGUUUUUGAGACAGAGAGGCAGGCAAGUAUUGGCUUUCUCAAGAAUUUUGUUGUACUUUUUGAAGGGCUCUCUAUCGGCACCGUCAAAAAUGCCCCAUGGAAGCCUGUGCAGAUAGGGGCUAUUCUCAGUACGCUCUCUGUACUUGAGCUGCAGGAGUAUUCCCUAUCAUUUUGCAAAUUCCGCUUUCUGUUCCUUGGCAGAUUUUGCCAAGAUGCGCUGGAAAAUUUCUUCUCUUCUCUUAGAGCUAAGCAUCCGAUUCCCAGGUUAUAUGAAUUUAAGUGCGCGUUGCGUUCCACAACGUUAGCACAGUUUCUACACGCUAGUGCUGAUGGCAGCUACACUAAGGACGGUGGCUUUUUACUUGCUGGUUUGAGCUCAGACAAUGAAGACAGCACCAGAGAAACAGUUUUAAUUCCUGCUGACAUUCAUGACAUGAAUAUGUUAGAGCACAAGUCAUUUUUGUACUUCGCAGGGUAUGUUGUUCACAGUGCUAAGAAGUUAGUAAAAAACUGUGGUGCUUGUGUAAGUGCCAUGACAGGGAACAAAGACGUUCCGCGACUCACGCAGCUGAAAUCGUACAAAGAAAAGUUAGCGUUGUGUGUAGCUUCUGAAGCAGUUGUAGAAGUUCUAAAGGUAGCGCAGUCUCACUUUCAAAAAAAUAAAGAGCAGCAUAUCCAUAAUCAUGUUCCUGUAUCAGCCACCAAAAUUGCUGUUAAAAGUGCGAUAUCGUGUAAUACCUUGUUUCCACACUGUCAUAAUGUAUUGGAGGCUAUUCUUUCCGUGUUCUUCUCCGCAAGGAUGCACAUACAAGUAAGGAAAGAGACAUUGGCUCGAAGCAUGCAAAUCGACAAUAAAUGUGGAAGUAAAAGUGUAGGAAUGAGAGCUGCUGUGGCCAACCUUCCUUAAAAAAUAGCAGUGUAGAAAGCGCCCUUGCAGCCAAUGUGGCGUGCGUGCCAGGAGAGUUCCUUGGAGAACGCAUUUUUAUUCUAUCUAGCUGCCUGCGCACCUUCAAUAGCCUUGUCAAAAUCUUUCCAUCUUACACGUCAUGCGUGCUUGAGAAACUGAAGUACCAAGAGCCAUACUGUCCAAGUUCCUUAAUGCUGCCAUUGUCAACUUGUUGACAACAUCCUGACUAGAUUUACAUUCCUUAAAAAAUUUUGUGCUGCCUAGGUUCACAGCAAUACCCCACGUGUACCAUGUCAUUCAAGUAAGCGCAAGUUUAAGGACCAAAGCACAACCUGUUUUGGUACGUGAUUGCUGUAUUUUUCAUCAUUUCAGAACAUGCUUCCGGCACGGGACAACUCUUAAGGUAUCCUUCUGUAGUUUACAAUGUAACAUGACAGCAAGUCACAUAGAUGAGCGUGAUAGAAAUAACCUGUACCUUUCCAUCUUCUGCCAUGGAUGCAGUCAUGUACAAUGCAAAAAUUUUUCGUGCAAUGUUUUCAUGUACUCAUUACAUCCUCUUCAAAACACGCAUAUACACACAAUGCCCAAUUUACCUUCCUAUAAGCUCGCACGACAAAUGAACGAGAGGCACCUUAGGAACAUCUCUUUACACAAGGUAAUGUUUCAUUUCAUUUACACCAUGAAGGCAUUACCAUCACUUGUGCAAAUGGUGAGUACAAAGUGUCCAUUGAAUACUUGUUCAAACAGUCUAGUUACUCCUCCAAGCAAUGAUGAACAUGCCUGUCUCUUAUCUGUUAUGUAAUGUACGACGAAGGUUUUGCGGUAAUGUGUGGAUAUAUAAACUGUACUGCUACGUUUAUGCCACAGGGCACUUGUAUAGCUAGUGGAAACUGUAGCAAACUGUUACAAUGCAACUUCCCGUCACUUUAGAAAUAUCAGUUUUUUUCCAAACGUCACUUGACCAUACUGUCCUCUAGGCAUGCGCACAACGUGGCAACAACAUAUAUCUGCAGUUUACAUACACCGUUGAAGUGUUUCUGCCAUGCAGACAUUCGUGUAUAAGUUUGUGGAAAUUGUUACUCCAGUGUUUUACUAGACAUCUCAAAUCACACAGGUCAUUUUUGCAAGCAUUAUUGAAUGCGCCUUUCACUAGUACAUCAUGUGACAUCACAAACUGUAUUGUAACAUCUCUGUGGAUGUAGUGUGCAUUGUUUAACUUUCAUGAUCCCAUGCAGACAUUUGUAUGGAAGUCUGCGGAAAUGGUUAGUGCAAUGCUCUACUGUGUCAUCACCUGUAUAUUUGAAAACACAUAUUAUUGAUCCGAAAGUUACUCAGUGAAUCUUGCUGUAAUACACCUCAUGUAUAUGACAACAAGCUGCAGUGGAAAUCGGUUUGCAUGUUCACCUUUGUUCAUGCCAUUAAGGCAUUCGUGUCUGUGUAAAUUGUCAGUACAGUGUGUUGCUAGGCCAUUCAUUGUAUGUUUCAAAGCACGCAUGUUCAUGUUGAAAAAAAUGUAACGGUGAGUCUUCCUCUGGUACCUGUUGUUCAGGCAAUGAUCAAACAAUGUUCUGCAUUGAAUGUCACAUGCUGCAAUUUUCUUCAUAGUUUUAUUGUUUACUGACAAAUGAAGUGUCUUGGUGUGGUUUGCGUGUCUUUGCAACAGCCCAGGACAUGCUUGUUUAAUCAUAGGUGCCUGCUAUGAAAAUGUUGCCAGAGAUUGUAACGAAGUAACAAGAAUAAAUAUUUGUAGUCAACA